CAAACUACACCGUGAACUGGUCGCCAGCCAGUCGCAAGGCACAUAUAGAGACAAAUAACCAUUCACAGCCAUAUCCACAUCGUCACCGAGUGAGAACCGAACCCACGCUGCUCUCACACAAGUCAGGCGAGUGUAAAAGUCAGGCCAUCCCUCCUCCAUCCACUAGGAGACAGUGUUCUGGUCUCCAUUGAACUGGAAUGAGCCGUUCUUCGUUUAGUCAUUCAUCCAUUCAUUUUCUACCACUUAUCCAGGGUCGGGUCACGGGCGCAACAGCUUUAGCAGAUGUUCUGAAGCGUGGUGGCAAUGCUGCAGAUGCUGCGGUCGCCAUAGCAGCAGCUCUGGCAGUUACAGAGCCAUGCAGCACCGGCCCCGGUGGAGAUGCCUUCUGCCUGUUCUUUAACAGCGACACCGGCGAGAUCAGAGGAAUAAACGGCAGUGGUCGUUCUCCCAAAGGUUUGACUCUGGAAUUCCUUAAAGGUCGCAAGUACUGCGCUGAGACCCCUCCUCCAGUGUUUGAUGCUCUGAAUGUUACAGUGCCCGGGGCACCUGCAUGCUGGUGUGAUACCAUUCAGAUGUUUGGUAGUCACAAGCUGUCCUUACGGGAGGUGCUCAAUGGGGCAGUGGAACUGGCUGAGGUGGGGUUUCCUGUUGCCGAAAUCACAGCUCAUGGAUGGACACACUGGGUGGCUGAGCUGCGAAAUGCUGGAAAGGAACUUGGUGGAGACCUGCUGAUUGAUGGUCAUCCUCCCAAACAGGGACAAGUAUUCCGUAAUCCUGCCCUAGCCCGAACUCUGAAGGAAUUGGGAGAGCAUGGAAAGGCAGCUUUCUACCAGGGCAGAGUUGCCCAAGCCAUCAUUGACAUCAUUGUCCAACAUGGAGGAGUCAUGACCUUGGAUGACCUCAGCAGCCAUGACAGUGAUGUGGUCAGUCCCAUCAGCACAAAGUACAAGGGUGUGCGCCUAUGGGAGUCUCCUCCUAAUAGUCAAGGGUUGGCUGCCCUGCUGCUUCUCAACAUCCUGGAGAACUUCCCUCUCAAAGCUUUAGGUCAUAAUAGUGCAGACUACAUCCAUAUUCUGGUGGAGGCUAUUCGCUUAGCCCAAACAGAUGCUAAAAGCUACGUGGGUGACCCAGACCAUGUGACCAUUCCACUGCAAAGCCUAUUGGAAAAAAAGUGCAGCAGCCAGCGAGCCCAGCUCAUCAACAUGGACAGGGUCAUGCAAGAUGUAGAGCCUGCCCUGAUGACAGAAAGUGACACAGUCUAUUUCUGUGUGGUUGACUGUCAGGGUAAUGCCUGUUCUUUCAUCAACAGCACAUUUAUGGGCUUCGGGACUGGUCUUGUCCCAAAGGACUGCGGUUUCUCUCUUCAGAAUCGUGGGGCCAGCUUCUCUCUUCAUCAGAACAGUGUUAACUGCGUUGCCGGGGGGAAGCGGCCCUACCACACCAUAAUACCCGCACUUCUCACUGACUGCGCAUCUGAAUCCCAAAAGCCACAACUCCUCGCCUCCUUGGGAGUAAUGGGCGCUUUGAUGCAACCACAAGGACACAUUCAGGUGUUGCUUAACAUGUUGGAGUUUGGGAUGAAUCCACAACAAGCACUCGAUUCACCGAGAAUUUUUGUAGAAUAUGACCUCAAAGAAAAUCAAUGGUCUGUGAAUUUGGAGGAGGGAAUCAACCAAGAGGUGGCUGAGGUUCUAAGAAGACGAGGUCAUAAAGUCAACUGGCCAGUCAUUGGUCACAAGAGGUCUCAGUUUGGGAGGGGACAGAUCAUCACAAUAGGGGAUUGGUGGAAUCCAUCGGCCAGCCACAAUGAUCAUCCAACCAGGGUGUUGUGGGCAGGAUCAGACCCCCGAUCAGAUGGAUGUGCGAUGGGAUUUUAGACUGCUUCCGGUAACUAGUUAGUAAACAAUUAAUUCAGCCACUGAAACAUGCUAAUUUCAGUUCGAUUUAUGCCAAUUUCACACUGCUGGUGAAUUACAGCAUCAGAGGCAGUAAACAGUAGCGGUACGAUUGAAUAUACCUCAGUAAACUUCUGAUUCUGCUACUACACUCAGCUUCAACUCCACUUCCAACAUCAGUACCUUACACACAAGACGGCGAGAUGGAAAACAGCAGUGAAUAUGCUUAGCUGGCCUGUAUAAAAGAGGUUAGCGAUUAAAAAUCACAGAUGCUUGCUCUUUGGUGACGUUUUAGACUACCAGCUGAGAAUUGGAGCCAUGAAUUACGAUUUGGUGUUUGCCAUUGUCACAAUGCAGACAAUUUAUGGGUACCCACAGUCUAACUGUAUUACAGGUUUGUUUUUAUGUGUGAAAAAUGUCUUGAAACUUUAUUUAAAAAUAAAUGUCACCUGAUGAGCUUCUUUUCUAUUGAGUGCUAUAGUGUGUAAUGUAAAACAGAACUGAUUAUUUCAAUAAACACAUCAGAGUUUCACCAAA